UACAGAAAAACCAAACAUGGAUUACCCGAAAAACUCCAUAAAAAAUCUGGCAAUCGUCUCGUUAUUCAUCGCAACCCUCGUUCUUCUCUGUUCUUCGAAACCCUUCUCCAAUUAUUAUAACCCCUUCCCUUCUUCUUCUUCACACAAUCAUUCAAACUCUCUACAGGCGUAUGAGGAAAAGGAUGAACUCGAGAAAGCUCUGGAGAGGGCAUCAAUGGCGGGGGCGAACAAGACGGUGAUAAUCGCCAUUAUCAACAAAGCUUACGUGGAGCCACACGAAGACGAGUACCCGACGAUGUUCGAUCUUUUUCUCGAGGGUUUUUGGGCCGGGGAAGAAACCCGGCCCCUUGUCGACCGUUUACUGGUGGUCUCGAUGGACGAGACCGCCCAUGAACGGUGCCUCUUCCGGCGGCUGAAUUGCUACAGACUCGCCGGCGGAGGCGACGGCGGCGGAGAUCGGUUCGCCGGAGAGAAGGUUUACAUGUCGGAUGAGUUUAUAGAGAUGAUGUGGCGGAGGACUUUUUUUCUGCUUGAUGUUCUCAAGAGAGGCUACAGCUUCAUCUUCACGGAUACUGAUAUAAUAUGGCUAAGGAAUCCGUUCGCAACAUUGAGCAACGACAACCAAACACUCGACUUACAAAUAAGCACCGACGACUUCAACGGGGACCCGCACUCGGAGAACAACCUAGUCAACACGGGAUUCUAUUUCAUAAAAUCGAACCAAAGGACGAUCUCGCUAUUCGAGACGUGGUACGACCGGAGGAAGAAUUCGACGGGGCUGAAAGAGCAAGACGUGUUGUUGAAUCUAGUGAGGGAGGGCAUUUUCGGAAAAUUGGGAAUUAGUGUGAGAUUUCUUGACACGUUAUAUAUAAGUGGGUUUUGCAGAGAUAGUAGAGAUGUUGGGGUAGUAGCAACAGUGCAUGCAAAUUGCUGCAAAAGUAUUAGAGCUAAAGUCGCUGAUUUAAAGAACGUUUUAAGGGAUUGGAAGAGGUUUAAGAAUUUUAAUGAUAGGGAGAAUUUUAAGUGGUCGGAACAUACAGCUUGUAUUAAUUCUUGGACCACUUAGAUUUUUCAAUUUUUUUUUUAUAUUUAUAUAUAUCAAUAUGUGUGUGUGUAUUUGUUAAAAAUAUGAAGAAUGGAGGUUUACAUUCCUAGAAUUGAAAUUGGUUAUGUUUUGAA